UAUACACCCCACUGCACUGCCCAUCCUCCUCUCCCACAUCUCUCUCCCUCCUCCCUCCCAUCUCACCAUGUCCUACCUCGACCAACUCUUUGGCCUGCACGGCAAGACAGCCUUGAUUACAGGCGCGACCCGCGGCAUCGGCGCGGACAUGGCCGUGGCCCUCGCCAAGGCCGGCGCCAACAUUGUCCUCGUGCAGCGCAACACCAGCAACACCGAGACGCAGGAGCGUAUCCGUGCGGUGGGCCGGCAAGCGGACAUUGUGGUGUGCGACCUGGCGGACGCGGCGGCCGUCGGUGGCCUCAUCGCGUCCGUGACGCAGACGCGCACGCUCGACAUUGUCGUCAACUGCGGCGGGAUCCAGCGGCGGCACCCGGUCGAAGUCUUCCCGGACGACGACUGGAACGAGGUGCUCCAGGUCAACUUGAAUGCCGUGUUCCAGAUCACGCGCGACGCGGGGCGGCACAUGCUCGAGACGCGAGGCGGCGUCGCUGGCGCCGACGGCGCAAAGGGGGGCAAGUGGACGUCGAACGGCAAGAUCAUCAAUAUCUCGUCGCUCGUCGCGUUCCAGGGCGGCCUAAAUGUCGUCGCGUACGCGGCCGCUAAGCACGGCGUGCAGGGCAUUGUCAAGUCGUUCUCGAAUGGUUGGGCGGCGAAGGGUGUCAACGUCAACGCUAUUGCGCCCGGAUACAUCGCGACGGAUAUGAACGAGGCGCUCAUUGCGGACAAGGACCGCUCGCGUCAGAUCCUCGAGCGUAUUCCUGCCGGGCGGUGGGGCACGCCCAAGGACUUUGAGGGCGCGAUUGUAUUCCUCGCGUCCGCUGCGUCCGACUAUGUGUCCGGCGAGUGUAUUGUUGUCGACGGCGGGUGGAUGGGGCGGUAGGCUUUGGAGCGCGUAGAGCGUGUAGAGCUGGAGAUGGAUAGAUUGCCUGGCGGAUAU